GCUUCUCUAAACUCUCGGUGGUCGCUACCAUUCCCGAAGCUCUGCGGUCGCCAUGGGGCAGCGCUUCAGCACCUCGCGCGACAGCGACGUCUCGGAGGCCGAUGGCCCGCCCUCCACUGCUCUAGCAGCUCGCGCAUCCGAUGCCUCUCCCACUUCUUUAUCCUCCCCUCCGCCUACUGCGAGUUCCCCUCCCUCCUCCGCAGACACAGCUCCCCGCUCUACACCCGGCACUCUAUCCACGCAGCGCCCUACCAUCGAGAACGCCGCAGAGCAGCAAAGUGAGCGCGAAGGCUCCACGCGGUUGGUCGAUGUCGUGCACGACACGCUCAGCUCCGACCAGGAGCCGUCCGCUCACCAGCGACGUCAGAGCGACGAGGAGGACGCUCUCAGCGCGUCGCGUGUGUCCUCCACCGACUCGUUCCCAUCCUCACCGCUCAACGUCAAGGCGGAUGACGCCCACCCUCUUACAAGACGCAGCUCCAUGUCGCGUACGCCGGCGCCGCCGAAACUGUCGCGCUUCCGGCCGUCCAUGGAUAUUCCCAGAUCUCCACAGUCCAGCUCGGACUCGUCGCUCGACUCGAGCUCCAGCUCGUCCGACGAGGAGCUCGUGGGCAGCGGCGAAGAGCUCGUCAGUGACUGGCUCGACGAACCUGAAGACGCCGUACUGUCCCCGCCGUCCCAACCGAAGCGCACGCGCCACGCGAGCGCCUGUUCCUCCGUGUCGUCCCACACAGGGAACAGUGUGUCGUUCUCGGCCAUGCACAGCAGCGGAGGACGCAACAGCAACAGCAGUCAACACAGUAUGACAGGUUGGGCCUCGUGGCUCAGCUCCCCCGACGACGUGGAGGAAGAAGACGACGCAGACGAUGAACCGGUGGCACUCACGCCGUUCUUACGGGACAAUAUGCCCGUGUACGAGGUCAUGAGACAGGUGCAAUUAUUCAGGAACUUGAGUCAAAUGCAACAGGAACAAGUGGUGCGAGCGCUCAAGCCCGCUAAGUUCUCGGACGGCGAGGUUAUCGUGGCGCAAGGCACGCGUGGCUCGAGAUUCUACAUGAUUGCCAAGGGAGAAGCCGUCGUGACCAAGACAGUUACCACUAGCAGCCACAGUAUUACCGGCUCGACUCCUUCUAGUGCGGGACAGACACAGGAACGUAUGAUCACGCACUUACGAGCUGGCCACUACUUCGGUGAGCUGGCGUUGAUCUAUGACGACCCUCGUACGGCCACUGUACGCGCCGUCGGGGACGUGGAGCUGCUGUACUUGACUCAGGAAGAUUUCCAACACAUUGGUCAGGUGCAUUUGAGUCUUAUGUUGCAGCAAGUGCCGCUUCUUGCACGACUGAGUGCACGCGACCAGGAUAUUGUGCUGAAAUGUUUACGACCUGCGAACUUCAGCGAUGGCGAGUACAUUGUGCACCAAGGCGAUGAAGGUACGCGUUUCUACAUGAUCACACGUGGUGAAGCGAUUGUGUCGGAGAAGGCGAUUGGACCAGACAAGAAGCCGUACGAGAAGGAGUUGACGCGACUGUACGAGGGCCACGUUUUUGGUGAGAUGUCGCUCAUUUACAGUGAACCUCGUACAGCUUCCGUGCGUGCAGUCGGCCCUGUCAAGUGUCUGUAUCUGAGUAAGGAGGACUUCGACAAGUGUCUCCUCUCUGAUCACUUCCAGCGGUUUAUUCAAGAAGCUUACGUGGAGAAGGCUACGCGUCGUGCUAUGCGGCUUCGACUCCAACAGCGUGCGAACAGUGCUGCGACUAUGGGAUCUUCCACACCUCAGGCGAGAUCGGAUAGUUCGUCUGGAUCCACUGUGGCACCGCCACCGGCCCCCUCGUCGCCUGUGAAGGCUACAGAGACCAAGAAACUUGUGAAGCAGAGGCUGAAAAACGGUCAGGUUGUGGUGAACAAGUACGUGAUCAAAGGUGAUCUGGGUCGCGGAACAUUCGGCCGCGUCAAGCUGUGUGAGAGCCAGGAGGACGGACAGAUGUACGCUGUCAAGAUCAUGCACAAGACUUUCGUUCAGCGUAUGGCAGGCAAGGAAGACCAGCUGUAUGACGUACUACGUCGCGAGGUGGCUAUCAUGAAGAAGCUGAACCACCGCAACGUUGUGAGACUGGUGGAGGUUAUCGACGACCCGAACAGCCAGAAGAUGUAUCUCGUACAGGAAUAUGUACAGCACAGUCUGAUGGAAGAAGUCACGCAAGCGCGUAGGUUGAGUGAACCAGUUGCUCGGAAGUACAUGCGCGAUCUGCUCUCUGGUCUUCAGUAUCUGCACUUCCACAAGGUUAUUCACCGUGAUAUUAAACCAGAGAACAUUCUCGUCAGCUCCGAUGGCGUCGCGAAGAUUGCUGACUUCGGUACUGCACGAAUGAUCAUGAACGAGACCGAGACGAUCUCUGGAGCGAAGGGGACGCCUGCGUUUAUGGCCCCCGAGAUGUUUGACAUUGACGCGACGUACCAAGGUCCAGCUGUGGACGUCUGGUCACUUGGGGCCACGCUGUACAUGAUGGUCAUCGGACACCCACCUUGGAUGGCAGACAACGAGAUUGUUCUGGCUGAACGAGUACAACGUGUUGAGUUACGCUUCCCGAAGGAAGUGGAGCGUACGAUGGAGCCGCAUCUGAAGAAUCUGUUACAGCGCAUGCUCACAAAAGAUCCUGCCUGUCGUAUUUCUCUCAAGGAAUGCUUUACGCACGAGUGGACCACUAAGGAAGGAAGCGACCCGCUUGGUCUGAUCACACCGGAGAAGAACUUGACAGUGUCGAUGGAUGAAAGUGAACGUGCUAUCGAGAACAUCCCUGAGCAGAUUGACCAGCGACUGACGGAGAGUCUGGCUCAAGCUCAUCAGCUAGUGAAGACGCGGCAGGAAAGUGUGGGCCCCGGUGUCGUGCGGACAAACAGUGGACGGUACUUCACUGGCACCCCCAUGGCUGGAACGUUGGGUGCUCGUAUUCCUUCGACGGCGUCCACUACCUCAUCAAUAAACACGGUCGGUAGCAGUCCAAGUCGCGCUUCUAGCGACGAAGUCUCGCGUAUUAUCUGCGCUUGGCGCCAUCACAAACGCGUGCAGCUCAUGGACGGUCACAAGGAACUGUCGGAGCGCUCUCGUGAACUGUUGAUCGAGCAGAAACGCAUGGCUUUCUCGGUGGAUCGCGCCAAGGUGACGGAGAUCAUUCUCCCGGCUGCUAAACCCACAGCUCGCAGCCGAUACCCAAGCACGUCGUCAAGUGCAUCGCUCCAACAAGUGAGAGAGCAGUCGGCGUUGUCCACAGCGUCUUCAGUAUCGUCCAUGUCGACCAUGUGCGGCAAUACUCCGUCAUCGGAUUCACCCAGAUCGCGGUCAUUCCCAGCCGGACGCAGCAAUUCUGUCGACAAUUCGCAGCUGAUCAAGAAGAACAGCUUCCAGAUUCGCAGAUUCAAAGACUCCGGCAACCUCGAAGGCUUCGGUCGUACGUCCUUCACGUCUGUAUCGCAGCUGUCCGAGUUGGCUGCAACUCCUGUUGAAGAGUCUUUUGACCAACGUGGAAGCUUGUCAUCGUCCAGUGAGUCUGGGCACUCUAACAGCAGCUAUUCGAAUACUACAGAGGCGUCAGAUGCAGACUUGAUGAAGCGCUCGCUCUCACGUAAGAAGGAUUUCCUUAUGGUGACAUCUGAAGUGUUCCGUGACGAAGGUGGCGACUACCAGACGCGUAAGAUUCUCUUCCAGGCUCGAGACGAUGACUUUUCUGUGGCUUCACGCGUGCCUACCCACUCGAAUUCAGGCCGUGAGUUGCUCCCUCCUGGUCGUGCAGGCUCAACCAACUCAUCGUCGUCCAGUCAGAAGCCCAGACGGUUGGGAAGUACUGGCAAACUAGGCAGCGCUGGUAGCAGCAGUGCUAUGGGCAGCGCAAUGGGGAGUGCGAUGGGCAGUGCAUUAGGCCGAACCAACACAAGUCGUCGAUCCUUAAGCGGAAGCUCCGUCAGCUCGUCACGAUCUGUGGUUACAGAGGAUGGCAAUGUGGAGGAAUUCGACAUGGAUGGCAUCGAUUGCGUCCAAGUGACGGAGAUCGAUGACGAAGACGAUGAUGAUCUGGUGAAUCACGGGAUGCGUAAGGGUAGUGGAGCUUCCUCGCGCCAUUUCCACCAUCACAGUGACAGUAGCAGAGCGAACAGCAGCCACAAUCGCAGUCAUAAUUCUGGACUUUCGGACGCUGACAGCGACUCGGACGACUCAGAUUACUCGGAUGUGGAGUGUGACGUCGACGUGGACGCAACCUUCAGUGAACUGAUUGCGACGCCCAACCAGCUUGAAAUUAUCAGCCACGACGAUGAGGAGAUCGCUCCUAUCGUGACUCAGAAGCCGUCACUAACGUCGUUGCAUGACUUGUCGUCUUCAUCUUUGGAUGUGGACAACAGUGGGAAGGUUCUUACGCUUGGAUCCUUAGCGUCGAUGACUUCAAGUUCCUCGGCAUUGGCCAUGGCUACGCCGUCUCUGAUGCUGGAUAUUGUCCAAGUCUACGUGAGCAGUAAAAUCCGAGAGAAUCUGACGCUCUCUAUCCGGUCUGGUUACGCUGAAGCGAAGGGAGCGCGGUCGUACAUGGAAGAUCGCACGACGGGACAGACUACGUGCGAUCUGUCGCGCUAUCCUGCUGCUCUAGCGAACAACUACGCGUCGUUGGCGUUCUUUGCCGUCUACGAUGGCCACAAUGGUACGGAGACGGCUGUGAAAUUGCAGAACGAGUUGCACCAUCGCUUUUUUGCUGAAGGUGCAGGCUUCGUGGAGUCUCCAGUGACGUGCAUCUCGUCAGUGUGUGAGGCGAUCGACAAUGAGAUCUUGGAGAGACAGAACCAGAGUGUACUCCCGAAACGUAAGCGCACCAUGGCGGCGGAGGAGAUGCAACGUUAUCUGAGGAGCGAAGGCACACACCAGAGUCUUAUUGAAGGCGAAUGCUGCGAGAUUGACGGCGAAAUUGUGUGUGGAGAGGAGAUGAAGCAGCUACUGCAACCGAUUUCGUUCUCUGGAGCAGCGAGUGUCUUCGUUGUGGUUGCGAAGCAGCGCAAGAAACGAUGCCGUACAAACGAUAAAGAGGGCGACACCGACGCCAAGGACAGCGAAGAGGUCAAGACUGCGGAUGAGGACGAACUGGACGAGGAAGACCAGCCUACGCGACUGUACGUGGCCAAUGUGGGCGACUGUCGCGCUGUUUUGUGCACUGCCGACGCUAUAGCUGUUGACUUGACGACGGAUCACAAGGCGUCCCUACCGGCUGAGCAAGAGCGUAUCGAGGCCUCAGGUGGCUUCGUGCACAAUGGCCGACUGGAUGGUAUUCUGCAGAUCUCUCGAGGCUUUGGUGACCUGGCACACAAACAGGAUGGACAUUUGGUGGUCACCCCCGACGUUGUGGAGCAUCUGGUGAACCCGGCGGAUCAGUUCUUACUACUUGCAAGCGACGGCCUCUUUGACGUUCUGACUUCGCAGCAGGCUGUCAACUUUGUGCUGCGUAAACUCCAGACCCACGGAGACGUCCAACUCGCAGCACAGGAGCUCGUGCUGAAGGCGCAGGCCUAUUUCGCACACGAUAACAUCAGUGUGGUCAUUGUGGCGCUGAACCAGAAAGGUGACGCGUGAAAUGGACAGUGGCCUCUAUCAUCAGAAGACCAGGGACCGACGAAGAAGCAGAAAACCCGGAGAUCGAGACCAAAGUACGAGAAUUAUGAACAAGAAAACCCAGAAAUAUGAGUGGAAUAAGACCAGGCGAAGCCCGUUCACGUCUAAUAUCAGUCUUCCGAUGGACUUGACUGCGUGCACGGCCUCGCUGGUUGUGAUUAAGUAUACGUUUGAGUGUGUAGUUUACUGUGUCUAUAGUUCAUUAGUGCGUACAGGAGCUGGUCACAGAGGCCUCUUCCCACUGCUGGAAUCCGUCCCACGAACGGAGUUCAUCUUGCUCCUCGAGCACGUAUACAGGAGACGGCAAGUCGAUCACCUGGUUGUCAUCCGGAUGGCGUCCUAGAUCGUAUUCCGCCUCCUCGUCCGAGUCUGCACGGGCAGCGUCGAGC